AUGACUGUGGCUCCAGAGCCGUCUGACAGGGUCAUGCAGAUAGAAGAUACCCGGCUCCAUGAGUCAGAGCCCUCUUCUUCAUCUCAUACAGAUCCCAACAUUGAUUUGCUCAAUGAAAAGCCAGAGGCCUAUACUAAGGAACAAUCCAGCGGGAAGGUCGAGCUAAAGGAAGUCGACUGCUACGAUGAGUUGGGAUACUCCUUUCCCAACUGGAGGAAAUGGCUGAUCAUUUCGGUGAUCUUCCUCGUUCAGGUUUCCAUGAACUUUAACACGAGUCUGUACUCGAAUGCGCUCACCGGCAUAUCUGAAGAGUUCGGUGUCAGCAUGCAGGCUGCCCGUUGUGGUGCCAUGAUCUUCCUGGUUCUCUAUGCGUUUGGCUGCGAACUCUGGGCUCCCUGGAGUGAGGAAGUCGGACGCAAGCCGAUUCUGCAAGCGAGUUUGUUUCUCGUCAACAUCUGGCAGCUGCCAGUGGCGCUCGCUCCCAACUUCGCGACAAUCUUAGUCGGACGAGCUCUAGGUGGUCUGAGUUCCGCUGGUGGAUCGGUCACUCUGGGAAUGAUUGCCGAUCUGUGGGAAUCUGAUGACCAGCAGUACGCUGUCGCCUGUGUUGUCUUCUCCUCGGUGGCCGGCUCCGUCAUUGGCCCUGUGGUUGGAGGCUUCGUUGAAGAGUAUCUCCCUUGGCGGUGGAACAUCUGGAUACAGCUCAUCUUCGGAGGCUUUGUGCAAAUUGCGCAUUUGAUCAUUGUUCCCGAGACCCGUACCACCAUCAUGAUGGACAAGAUCGCCAAGAAGCGCAGAGAAAGCGGCAUUGACCCCGACGUCUAUGGACCCAACGAGCUUGUUCCGUUCAGAGAGCGGUUCUCCAUGCGGGAGGUCCUCGUCACCUGGAUCCGCCCCUUCAAGAUGUUCUUGACCGAACCAAUUGUCCUGACCUUGUCCUUGCUCAGUGGAUUCAGUGACGCCCUGAUCUUCAUGUUCAUCCAGUCUUUUGGCCUGGUCUACAAGCAAUGGGGCUUUGGCACUGUUGCCCUCGGCCUGUCCUUCCUCCCCAUUCUCGUGGGUUACUUCAUCGCUUGGUUCUCGUUCAUCCCCGCUAUCCGACGCAACACUGCCGAACGACGGGCGAAGCCCCAUGAUGAGCGCGCUCAAUACGAAUCCCGUCUCUGGUGGCUGCUUUACACCGCCCCCUGCCUGCCCAUUGGCUUGAUCGGCUUUGCUUGGACCAGCCUGGGUCCUCCCGUCCACUGGAUUGGCACUAUGGUCUUCUCUGCGAUUGUUGGGAUUGCCAACUACAGUAUCUACAUGGCCACCAUUGACUACAUGAUCUGUGCCUAUGGUCCUUACUCUGCUUCAGCAACUGGUGGAAACGGAUGGUCUCGGGAUUUCCUGGCUGGUGUCCUUACCCUCCCCGCCACGCCCUUCUUCCAGAACAUUGGUGGCAAGUAUCACCUGGAAUAUGCAUCCACCAUCCUGUUCGCCAUUUCGUUUGUGCUUGUUGCUGCGGUCUAUGCUAUCUACUAUUAUGGUCCAGUACUUCGCAAGCGCUCUCCCUUUGCUCAACAACUAUCCGAUGCUCGGCAAGAAGUCGAAGUGCAUGGUCGGCGUCUGUCUCGAAUCCCGUCUGGCUCCCGGGCGAACUCCCUGGCCCGAUCACGCCAGGAUCUCCGGAUUCGCCAGGCUACCGGAAGCCGCCAGGGUAGUUAUAUCGCAUCUCGCAAUACUUCCCGCGCCAACUCCCGGGUUAACUCACGCCGGAACAGUUUCGUCGAGCUUGCAAGCCCAUGA